UCCUUGUGAUCAUAUCCCUCACACAGUGACAGUGAAGAUUGAAAAGGAACGAUUAGGGUUGGGAUGAUGAAGUUGAUGAUACGGAGAUGGAAUCCUAAAGGUUCGAAGUUUGUUCAGCCUCCCCUGCUCGAGAGAGGUAUUCUGAGAAAUGCUUUACUCCUCCAUUGCCCAAAUGAGCUAUUUUCUUGCUGCGAACGAGACUUUUCUGGUUUCAGCGGUAGAAAUCGAAAUCUCUCUUACAUAGAGAGAUUGAAGAAUGGUUUUCUUGAUAAUAUUAAAGCAGAAGAUGUUGUUAAUCUGUUCCAAGAGAUGCUUCGGUCUCGUCCUCUUCCCAGUGUCAUUGAUUUCAGUAGAUUGUUUAGUGGUGUUGCCAGAACAAAACAGUUCGAUCUCGUGUUACAUCUUUGUAAACAAAUGGAAUUGAAUGGGAUUUCGCAUGACCUCUACACUCUGAGUAUUGUGAUUAAUUGUUUCUGUCGACUUCGUAAACUCUGUUACGGUUUUUCUGUUUUGGGAAAGAUCUUCAAACUCGGGUAUGAGCCUAACAUUGUCACAUUUUCAACUUUGAUUAACGGAUUAUGUCUCGAGGGCCGAGUUUCUGAAGCGGUGGGAUUAGUUGAUCGAAUGGUAGAAAUGGGACAUACACCCAAUCUCAUAACCAUUAACACUCUGGUCAAUGGACUUUGUCUCAAAGGUAAAGUGUCUGAAGCUGUUGUUUUGAUAGAUCAAAUGGUUGAAAAUGGUUGUCAACCCGAUGGAGUUACCUAUGGACCGGUUUUAAAUGUAUUGUGCAAGUCCGGCAAAACUGCCUUGGCCAUUGAGUUGCUCAGAAAGAUGGAAGAAAGAAAUAUCAAGCGCAAUGCAGCCAAAUACAAUAUCAUCAUCGAUGGUCUUUGCAAAGACGAGAACCUCGACGAUGCACUCAAACUUUUCAAUGAAAUGGAGAUGAAAGGGAUUAAAGCAACUGUUAUUACCUACAACACUCUCGUCAGAGGCUUUUGUAAUGCUGGUAGAUGGAAUGAUGGUGCGAAGUUGAUGAGGGAUAUGAUCACAAGGAAAAUUACCCCAGACAUUUUCACAUUUAAUGCAUUGAUUGAUAGUUUUGUGAAAGAAGGGAAGCUUCCAGAGGCCAAAGAAUUGUACAAGGAGAUGAUCAAAAGAGGUAUAUCUCCUGAUACUAUUACAUAUAAUUCUUUGAUAGAUGGGUUUUGCAAGGAGAACCGCCUAGACAAGGCAAACCAGAUGCUGGAUCUGAUGGUUAGCAAAGAGUGUGAUCCUGAUAUUGUGACGUUUAAUAUCAUAAUAAAUGGAUAUUGUAAGGCUAAGCGGGUCGACGAUGGUUUUGAAAUCUUCCGCACAAUGUCUAUGAGAGGAGUGGUUGCAAAUACAUUCACUUAUAGCAGUCUUAUCCAAGGAUUUUGUCAAUCGGGAAAACUUGAGGUUGCCAAAGAACUCUUCCAGGAGAUGGUUUCUCAUCGUGUUCCUCCAAAUAUCGUGACUUACAAAAUUUUGCUGGAUGGGUUGUGCGACAAUGGGGAGCUAGAAAAAGCACUGGAACUUUUUGAAAAAAUACAGAAAAGUAAGAUGGACCUUGAUAUUGGUAUCUAUAAUAUCAUCAUUCACGGGAUGUGCAAUGCUAGUAAGGUGGAUGAUGCUUGGGAUUUAUUCUGUGGCCUCCCUCUUAGAGGAGUGAAGCCCAAUGUUAAGACAUACACCAUAAUGAUUGGGGGAUUGUGUAAGAAAGGGUCACUCUCAGAAGCGGACAUGUUGUUUAGAAAAAUGGAAGAGGAUGAGCAUGCGCCGGAUGGUUGUACAUACAACACAUUAAUCCGAGCACAUCUCCUAGGUAGUGACAUAAAUACAUCAGCUGAAUUCAUUGAAGAAAUGAAAAUGAAUGGGUUUGCUGCUGAUGCUUCCACUACAAAGAUGGUUAUGGAUAUGUUAUCGGAUGGUAGAUUGAACAAAAGCUUUUUGGAUAUGCUUUCUUAGAAUGUUGGUGUAUACAGCAUAUAACUGUCCGGAGCAUUGAAAGAUUAAGUUGAAGUAGUCUUUUCUCACAACCAAGGAGUUACAUAUUUGACUAUUCUGAUCUACACAACAAUGUUUUUGAGCAGAUAUAUAGCUGUGCUUUAGUUUCCACAUGUAUUCAGAUUUUGUGUUUAUGAAAAUUUGGAUUAUUAUGAGAUUAUAUACACUCAAUGUCGGCUUUCA